AUGACCAUGUUUAGGCAAGCUGUCAGCUUCCCUCUGGCGCCCAGCAUCGGCAGCAGCAUGAGCACCCUGCAGUCAGAGAGUCCUGUGGAAGGCACCGGAGGCCCGGAAGGGAAGCUUGCCAUGUGGAGGGAGGAGGCCAAGGACCCAGCAGGGAAGCGCCCAGAAAGGAAGAAUGCUGGGUUCCAGGCUGCAGUAGGAGUCCGGGAGAAGGGCCCUCGGCUCUGCCAGAGACUGCCCUCUAUUGUGGUGGAACCCACUGACGUGGGUACUGUGGAAAGUGGGGAGCUGCGUUGGCCACCCGAGGGCACCCAGAGGGGAACCCCUCAGACCCAGGCUGCUGCUGUUACUUCCUCCAGUCCACCAGGAACGCUAGGGAAGGCAUCGGAUCACGAUGGCAUGGAGGUCAGCUCUGGGCACCAGGCAUUCCCCGGUCCAGUAACAGAUAAGGGUAUGGCAGGCUCUGCUCUCUGACCACUGAGACGGCCUUGAUCCCAGGAGGACUGGCUGAUUCACAGAAAAGUCUGCGUCCACCAGGACACCCAGCUUACCAAGCUUCCU